AUGUCGUCAAAAGGCAUUCAAGUAGAAACUGUCGAAGAUGUUGAAGCUCAUCGUAUCGAGACUAUAGACGGAACUGCUCCUCCGGCGGGGGUUGAUAAAGCUCUUAGAGUCCUCAAGGCUGCUGAUGGUCCUGUUCAUAUUAGUGAUGAGGAUGAUAAGAGACUAUUAAGGAAAAUCGAUUUACACAUUCUACCUAUCAUGUUAUUUGGAUAUAUGUUACAACAAUUAGACAAAUCGUCUCUUUCAUACACAUCAGUAUUCGGUCUUGCUAAAGAUGCUAAUCUUAAGGGUAACGAAUACUCGAAUCUUGGUUCGGCUAUUUACUGGCUUCAAGUAGCUGCUCAGCCUACUACUGCCUAUGCUCUUGUCAAGCUUCCACCUGCCAAAUUCAUGGGUAUUAAUAUUCUCUGCUGGGGUGUUGUACUGUGUUGUUCUGCUAUUGCUAAGAACUACACUGGUCUUUUGAUAUGCAGAAUUCUCAUGGGUGCAUUUGAAGCUACUAUUGCUCCAACCUAUGUAGCUCUUGUCGCUAUGUGGUGGCGUCGUGCUGAACAGUCCAACAGAAACGCUGCUUGGUACUGUAUGAAUGGUGUUGCUGCCAUGUUUGGUUCGUUAAUUGCAUAUGGUCUCGGUCACAUCCAGUCCAAGCUACACAGCUACCAGAUCAUCUUUUUAUUUACUGGUUGUUUGACCAUUGUGUUUUCAAUUGUGAUUCUAUUGUUUUUGCCUGACUCGCCUUUGACUGCUCGAUUCCUUACUGAGCAAGAGCGAAUCAUGGUUAUUGAACGUUUGAGACACAACCAGAUGGGUAUCGAGACCAACGUUUGGAAAUGGGAGCAAGUUCUUGAGACUGCUCUUGAUCUUAAGACAUACGUCUGGAUGUUGCUUUUGUUCUGUGUGUCGGUUGUGUCUGGAGGUAUUUCCACCUUUGGUCCCCUCAUCAUUCAAGAGUUUGGUUUCACCAGUUUCCAGACCAUUCUGCUCAAUAUUCCCAGUGGUUUUGUGCAAAUUAUGAUUGUUCUGAUUGCCGGUUUUGUUGCUACUAGAAUGAAGCUCAAGUCACCCAUUCUCAUGUUUGCCAUUCUUGGUUCCUUGGUUGGAUGUAUCAUGAUCCGAUUUAUUGACCGUACCCCUUCUCACCGUGGAGUUCUCUUGUUUGCAUACUAUCUCUUGCAAUUUUUCACUGCCAUCACUCCCAUGACCUACUCCUGGGCCACUCAAAACACUGCUGGUGAGACCAAGAAGAAAUGUACCAAUGCCGCUAUUUUCCUCGGUCAAUAUGCCGGAAACAUUGUUGGUCCUCUGCUUUACAGCUCCAAGCAAGCUCCACUCUACCGAACUGGUCUUACCAUCAACAUGUGCAUGUUUGCUGCUCUUGUUGGCUUGAUUGUCAUGGCUGUUCUUACCUUGAAGGUCUUAAACCGCAAGCAUGCUGCCACCCGUGUUAGCAUGGGCAAGAGCGCCCAGAUCAAUGAUUUGUCGAUGGCCGUUCACAACUACAAUGUCGAUGACGCUGGCGAGGCCUACGAUGUAGACAACGCCUUCAGAGAUCUCACUGACAAGAAGAACGAGGACUUUAUCUACGUAUUCUAA